ACCAGCCAACGGUCAUCCAAAACGCAGAUUGUGUGCGCGGAUAGAAAUAAAUCAAAGUAAUUUCCUACAAUCCGCUUGAAAAAAUGGAUCGCACUUUCUACGAAGGCUGGCUGAUUAAAUCGCCACCCACAAAGCGCAUCUGGCGUGCUCGCUGGCGACGCCGAUGGUUCACACUGAAACAGGGCGAGAUACCGGAGCAGUUCUGCCUCGAAUACUACACCGACCACCACUGUCGCAAGCUGAAGGGCGUCAUCGAUCUGGAUCAGUGCGAGCAGGUGGACUGCGGCCUGCGGCUGGAGAACCGCAAACAGAAGUUCCAGUACAUGUUUGACAUCAAGACGCCCAAGCGCACCUACUACCUGGCUGCUGAGACAGAGGCGGACAUGCGUGACUGGGUCAACUGCAUCUGCCAGGUGUGCCAUCUGCACGACACCAAGCAGUCCAAUGAACUGCCCCUGGGGGCAGUGGGAGCCGGUGAUGAAAACCGAACACAGCACACCAGCUCCAGCGGGGGACUGAGCAACUCCACUCAGAAUACAACCACCACUUCGCUUCACUCCUCGGCUGGAACGACAGCCGGAGGUGCUACUGGAAGCGGUGGUGCUGCCCAGAUGCGGCGACCAGCCGUUAUAGACCAGCAGCCGCUGCCUACCAACCAAGGAAACAAUAACUCAGACUCGGUCUACGUCAAUACGGAGUACAGCAAUCGCGAGACCAUGCUGUGCGAUGCCAAUUUUGACCAGCAGGAGCUCCUGUCGGCGGCCCAGCAGCAGCCGCCACCAUCGCCAGCCACUGCUCUGUAUUUAAACUAUAGUGCUUUAAUUCAGGCACGGGCGGCUGAGCUUAGCACCGAGCAACAACAGCAAGCGGCUCGGUUAGCGGUCAGUUGUAAUGGAGUAGUGCGGAAGCUUCCGGAGCACCUGGUUCUCACUCAGCAAACUCUGGCGGAGGCGGCCGCCCAACAGCACAGCAGCGUUCAGGCCUCGCCCGCCCUCAGCACCGCCUCUGGCCCCUACAUACCCAUCAGCGAGUGUUUCUCGGGGAGUCCCAGGUUCUUGCCCGGCAGCGGAAACCCCUGUGCAGAGCUAGGCAUACCAAACACACCGUUGAACAAUCUCGACCCGAAGUUUUACGAUACACCGCGGAGUCAUAACAACAUUGGUCUGAAUCUGACCAACGAUCAGUCCUGUUCCCCCAAGAUAACCAACACCAAUUUGAGUUUGCAACAACUGGCGAACGUCAAUGCUAGCAAGCAGCGCUCUGACUCAGAUUCCGAGAGUGUGUUCACCGACGACGACGAGUGGGCUCAUCCACUGCCCCUGCGUGAGAAUGUGGAUCGCAGCACACGACCAUCUGAUAGUUCCAUCGAAAACGAGUCCUUUGUGCUGACCUACUCGCAGCGUUUCUCCAAAAUGCCCGAGGAAGGGGGAGCGGUAGUUCAGCCAACUGAAAAGAAUUCCAAACAGGCGGGAGCAGCAUCUCUGGCAGAUGCGGGUGAUCACCGGACGUUAGAUAAGCUGGCCAAAGUGCUCAAGAACAAGAAUAAUCUCAUAUUGGACUUCAAGGAGAAUGAAAAAUCCCGCGAUCUGCCGCAGUUGUCAGACACGGAAAACACUUCCCCAGCCAUCGUGGCCGCACGAAAUGCCAACUCCGUUUUUAUCGAGGAGAGCUACGACAUUCCACGCUCUCACCAGCUGCCCUACUACAACAUGAACCAGCUCCUGAGUGAGAGGCCGGUAACCAGUCCGCACAACACCAAUCCCAUUGCCGCAUCCACACCGAAUCUCAUGGCAGCUGGGGCUGGUGCCACUCCUUUGGCGAGCACAAAUCCUGGCCAGGUGGGUGGGGCUCAUGCACCUUCCUCCCCCACCAGCGCUCGGACGCUGCCUCGCCCCCACUGCUAUACGAAUGCCGCACCCACGAAGAUGGAGGGCAAUGUUUUUCGAUACGAUUUCAUGGAGCAUAUGGACUGUCCGCCUGUCAACCGAAAGUUGAAGCCGAAGAACUCUAGUGGCAUUCCUCCGAGCGUGGAGGAUAAGCCACCGGAGGAGUGUCCGGCCAAGCCCCCGGUGGGAGUGGUGGAGCAUUUGACCAGCAAACUGGGCGCUGCCCAGCUGCAGCAGCCCAUUGGACCGCCCAGUGUGGACCGGAAGUGCAAACCAAAUGCCUACAAGACUGGUACUUCGGCAACCAUGUCGCCCCGUCGUGCGACAAUGGUCUUUCCCCACGAAACGGAUGUCCACGAAGCAGCCUCCUACUUGCAUGAGACCCGCACCCUGCCGCGCCACCAGCCGUAUCGCAGCCAACACUCCAACAGUCCCGGCAGCAUGUCGGUGCAGCAUCAGCGCACAGCCUCGGCGGCGGCUGCCAUGAUGAGUGCCGCGGCAGUUGCUCCCAAGCAGCAGCCACCACCGCAGGCGGAGCAUAAGCUGCAGUAUUUCGAUCUGGAUGUGACCAACAAGCCCCCCUUGCUGAAUCGUUCGAGCAUGAGUGUGGGUAACUUGUACUCGCAGGGCGGCAAUGCCCAAGGUGGAAUGCGACUGGCUCCCAUCGAUGCCGCCUCGGCCCGAGCUCCAGUGCCCAGCAGUGUGGUGUACAACUCCGUAGACUUUGUCAAGACGGAGGCAUUUAAGAGGAUACGAGAGGAGCGGAAUAAGGAGAGCAAGGAGUAACCCAUACAACUUCCCCUGAAAUGACAACGUGCAAUAAACCCAGGACCACGUUGCGGAUCCAAAAUCAUGUAGUGCCUUCAUCAGUAUCCAUUGCUGAUCAUUCCCUGCACUUGAUAGAAAAAAAAAAACCGUGCAAAUACCACCCAUUUAUCCACAUAUCUAGUUCUUAUGUUUGCACCAGCUUCCCAUCAUCUCGUGGUGCUGAUUUGAAUCUGUAUCUGUAUCUCUAAUCCAAAUACGAAUCUGAACCCAUGUCGUGUCACCCGAAUUCGUACUGUAAUCGUGCUUCCAACACUUCCACUUUAAUUGUUAGGCUCCGUAGUGGUAACCAUGACACUUUUUAUUGUUAAGAUUCCAUAAUGCAACCCAUGACAAACGAUCUUAGUGCUAAUUUACAACGCAAAUCAAUUAUUUUAUGUGCGCAAGCGAAAUAUUUAUAUAUAUAUACACGAAUUUUAUAUGGUAAACAAAUUAUAUACAAACUAUAAAUGCGACACAAGCUGUUGCUUGAUUUUGUGCUUUAAAAAAAAUAUAUACUAUAUUUACAUAUUAAUA